AUGGCGUCUCAAAGCAUCUGUUCUUCAAUCAGCAGUGUAGCCACUGUGUUAUGGUGUGUCGGUUUGUUGCUUCUAGGAUUGUUUCCAACCGCUAUUACUGGAACUACAAUCGAGGGACAUGAGAGAGAUCGCGAAACAUUGCUUGCCAUAAAGUCACAAAUUAAUGACUCACUUGGAGUCACAAGCUCAUGGAACGACUCUGCAGCCUUGUGCCAGUGGAAAGGAAUAACUUGUGGCUGCAACAAUUUCUAUGGAGUCAUCCCCCCUGAAAUUGGUCGACUUUCAAGGGUUGAAAGUUUAAUUUUACAAAAUAAUUCCUUUGGAGGAACAAUACCAGCCAAUUUGACCCAUUGUUCUAACCUCAUUCAGUUUGUUGCCAGCCGGAACAACCUUGUUGGAAAUAUCCCAGCCGAGUUUGGCAAUUUAUUGAAGCUAGAGCAACUACGAAUUUAUGCCGACUUUCUAACUGGGAAUAGCUUGCAAGGGAGAAUUCCUGAUACGUUAGGCCAGCUUAAAAGGUUAGUCAAUCUUUCACUGGACGAGAAUAAUUUCUUUGGCUUAGUUCCUUCUUCAAUUUAUAACAUCUCUUCUCUAGAGAUAUUCGGUCUAGUAUAUAAGCGAUUCUAUGGGAGCCUCCCUGACGACAUAGGCUUCACACUUAUAAACGUUCGAAGAAUUUAUAUUGGUAAUAAUAGUUUCUCUGGGACUCUGCCAGAGUCAUUAGCCAACGCUUCAAAGUUGGAAGUAUUUGAUGUUUCCAGGAGUCAUUUCAGUGGCAAAGUGUCCAUUAAUUUUCAAAACGCCAAGAAUCUUUAUUGGCUAAAUACGGAAAUAAAUAAUCUGGGAAGUGGUGCCGCUGGGGAUUUAGAUUUUUUAACCACCUUAACUAAUUGUAGCAGGUUGCAAACUUUUAGCAUAGCUGUUAAUCAAUUUGGUGGCUUGCUACCAAAUUCCACAACAAACCUUUCGACAACAAUUAGAUUUAUAUACCUAGGUUUUAAUCAAAUAACCGGCAACAUACCUUUGGGGAUAACAAACCUUGUAAAUCUAAUGGGAAUUGGUUUGGAGUACAACCAACUGACUGGCACUAUUCCUGAUUCCCUUGGUAAGCUUAAAAAUCUGCAAUCGGUAAUCAUGGGUGGAAAUGCUUUAACUGGGAGAAUCCCUACCUCUUUAAGAAAUAUUUCACUGCUAAGCGAGAUUGGCUUAGAAGAUAACCUCUUAGAGGGUAGCAUACCUGCAGAGUUAGGAAAAUGUCAAAAUUUAAUAAAGAUGACAUUAGGCUCCAAUAGGCUAACAGGUCUGGUUCCCAAAGAGAUAUUUAGCAUAGUAACACUCUCAGUUUACCUAGAUCUGUCCAAUAGCCUUCUUACAGGCUCUUUUCCUUCAGAAGUAGGAAACUUGAAAACUUUGGUAGAACUGGAUAUAUCAGGAAACAAGUUCUCCGGUCAGAUUCCUGCUACUCUAAGUAGUUGUACAAGCUUGGAGACUCUUUAUUUAGGGAAAAAUCAUUUUUAUGGAAGUAUCCCAGCCUCUUUGAGCUCCUUGAGAAGCAUUACUGAGCUAGAUCCGUCAAACAACAAUUUUUCUGGUCAAAUUCCAGUGUAUCUUGAGAAAUUAUCCUUCUUGAUAUACUUAAAUCUCUCCUACAAUCACUUUGAAGGACAAGUGCAAAGGAAAGGAGUUUUCAGUAAUGCAACAACAAUUGCACUAACUGGGAAUGAUAGGCUUUGUAGGAGAAUUGCUGAAUUGCAUCUCAACUCUGACUUGAUGAUAGCUAGAUCUCAAGUUCAAUUUGGAAAAGGCUCUAUAGUCCACAUAUAA